AUGACGGCGGUCUGCGAGCAGCUCACCGACGACCAGAUCGCGGAGUUCAAGGAGGCGUUCGCCCUCUUCGACAAGGAUGGCGACGGCACGAUCACGACCAAGGAGCUGGGCACCGUUAUGCGGUCCCUGGGCCAGAACCCAACGGAGGCCGAGCUGCAGGACAUGAUCAAUGAGGUGGACGCGGACGGCAACGGGACCAUCGACUUCCCGGAGUUCCUGAAUCUUAUGGCCAAGAAGAUGAAGGACACGGACAACGAAGAGGAGCUCCGGGAGGCGUUCAAGGUGUUCGACAAGGACGGCAACGGCUUCAUCUCGGCAGCAGAGCUCCGGCACGUUAUGACCAACCUGGGCGAGAAGCUGACGGACGAGGAGGUGGACGAAAUGAUCCGUGAGGCGGACGUCGACGGGGAUGGGCAGGUGAACUACGAGGAGUUCGUCAAGAUGAUGAUGGCCAAGUGA